GGCUUACCUAAGUGACAUACAAUUCAAUCCGCAAGCAACCCCCAACGAUCCUACGUCGCAACAUCCUCCAACCUGCUACAGUAGCCUUCACGACAGUCGCAGAAUUGUCUAGGACACUCGACGCCAACAGGGUGUGUCAACCGCAACCGAACCUAUCCCACAAAAUUCCGCCUCUCCGUCACAAUGGCGACCGAUACUGUCAGCAACUACGCCUCUGACCCAGCUGCUGCUCUGCAGAUAGCACAGAGAGCUCCAUCGAUUUUAGCCAAGUCCUCCUCCGUAACUACUACAUUUCCCCUGUCGAUGUUUAGUUCUGCGGACUCCACAGAGCUAUGGAACGACCUCGAGCAACUGCUUUAUGCGUGUCUGCGGACGGGUGAUGACAAGUCAGCAUAUCUCUGCGUGGAGAGAUUGACUGAUCGGUUUGGUGCAAACAAUGAGAGAGUUAUGGCUCUUAAAGGACUAUAUCAAGAAGCGAGAGCAUCUGACAUGGCGGCCAUGAAGAUUAUCUUGGAAGACUAUAACAAAAUCCUGGAAGAUAACCCUAUGAAUGUGCCUGUGCUCAAGCGACGGAUAGCUCUCGUCAAGUCUGUUGGAAGACCCCAGGAUGCGAUUACGGAUUUGGUGGAAUUCGUCGACUCGUUUCCUACAGACAUGGAGGCUUGGUGUGAACUGAGCGACCUCUAUCAAUCACAAGGAUGCAGUUCCCAAGCAAUAUAUUGUCUAGAAGAGGCGCUGCUCAUCACACCCAAUGCGUGGAACUUACAUGCACGACUCGGAGAGCUGGAAUACCUAACCGGUGUAGCCUCGACCGAUCCCAAUGAGGUUCAGAGCCACCUAUCACAAGCCGUCAAACGAUUCAGCCGGAGCAUUGAACUUUGCGAUGACUAUUUACGUGGCUUUUAUGGGUUGAAGCUUGCUUCGGACAAGCUCCUGCAAACUAAUAAGACAACCAAGGCCAACGCCAGCGUGGCUAUCUCUGCGGAAAAGCUGGAGAAGUUGAGCCAGUUGGCAACGACGAAACUGGAGGCUAUCAUCAAAGACCGCAGUGCACGAAGAUCACAGGGAACACCUCACGCUGAGGUCAUCGCGGCUCAAGAUCUACUGAACAAGUCGAAACGUUGAGGAUCGUUAGCAUCCGCGGACACCGGACCGCGAUACGAUGACUCCCAAACAUCAGUUCUCUACAAAUG